UAACAACAAGGUUUUCGUUUUCACAUUCGCUCCUCGCUGCAACAUUUUGUUCUGGUAACUAAAAGGGCGUACCGGAUUGCUUACUGGCUACUUGCUCGGUAAACAUUCUGCUCCAUCGAUUUGAAGUCCUUUGAUAACACCAAGCUAAGUGCCCGCCCGCGCGUGCAUCGAAUUGUAAAGAUGAAUAUCAAAAUGCCGGAGUUUGAUGUGAAAAAGUUUGUGAAGGGCGCGGGCUCCACACUGUCUCGGGUCGUACAGUUAACGGAGGAAAAACUCGGAACGUCGGAGAAAACCGAAAUGGACGCCCGGUUCGAGCACUUGAGCGAGCGUUCCGAUUCGGCCAAACUGUGGACGGAGAAAAUCGUGCGGGAUACGGAAGCAGCGCUCAUACCGAAUCCGGCCAACAGAGUUGAGGACUUUAUAUUUGAAAAAAUAGAAAAGCAGAAACCGAAACGUCUCAGCAACCUGGAGUACCUUGGUUUGGACAUGAUCGAAGGUGGCGGCGAGUUCGGCCAGGACGGUCCGUACGGCAGUGCGCUGAUCAAAGUAGGACAAGCACAUCAGAAGCUCGGCUCCUGCGAGCGUGACUUUAUCGGUUCGGCUGGAAUGUGUUUCAUACAGCCGUUGAAAAAGUUCCUCGAGGGUGAAAUGAAAACUAUCACCAAGGAGAAGGGCAUACUAGAGAGCAAGCGAUUGGAUUUGGAUGCGUGUAAAAAUCGCGCCCGUAAAGCGCGCAGCAUGAUUGGCCAGCAAACGAAGGAUGGAAUUUCCCCAGAAGUGGCACUAGAGCAGGCGGAACGUGAUCUUCGGGUGGCCCAAUCCGAGUUCGAUCGACAGGCAGAGAUCACUAAGCUGCUGCUGGAGGGCAUAAGUACUACGCAAGCCACGCACUUGCGCCAUCUGCAUUCGCUAGUCGAGGCACAGGUUCGCUACUAUGGUCAAUGCAAUAAGAUUAUGUCCGAUUUGCAGCGAGAGUUGGUCAGCUUGGGUGGCCCACAGCCAUACGUGCCGGUGGCCGGGUACGAGGACGAGGACGACGCCAUGGCCAGCCGAAUGAACAAUGUGGAGUUUGGCACCAAUUCGGGAUAUCAACGGGCGCGCGUUCUCUGUUCGUAUGAUGCGAAGGAUGGCACCGAACUGAACCUUACGUCGAAUGAGGUGAUCUUUGUCUGUGAAUGCAAUCCGCCGCAUAGCGACUACAUGAACGGCAAACAGGGUCUACUUAAGGGCCUCGUGCCGAAGGCUUUUCUGGAAAUGCUGGAUGAUGAGUAAGUGUAGGCCUCCCUUUGGGAGGAGCGCGGUUAUUGUUAAACGUUCGGUGAAUGUACUUUUCACUGGAAUUGCACCAAAAUUUGCCACGAUAUACAUAAUAAACAUAUAUAUUAAUGUUAAAAUUCGCUGUUGAAAGCUGCGAGCACGAUGCAUGUGCAGUGUAGCCCAUAAAGAUACGAUUUCUUGCAUCGUCAAAUAAUGCCUAACCACGCGAGGACGUUACUUCUUUCUCGAUACUCAAAUAGGGUGAAUCUAACUGUAUCCUUGUUGACUUGAAGUUAUAUAUAAAAAACAUUACUGUUCACUGUUGUUUUUCGUCACAGUACGCUUCCGCCAGAUGCUCACAAAACGAAAAGAAACAGAAAAAAAUACUUAGGCUGUUACUACAAAAAUGCUCCUUACUUGCGUGAAAUAUGUUGUUAUUAAGCUUGAAUGUAGCAAACUAAGAAUCUCGCCUCUAUUAAAAUAUUUCAACAACGGAGAUCCGUUUAGGUGUUUUUAUGGUUGAGGAGGACAGGGAUCCCGAAGUGUUUCGUUUGCCAUUUGUUUGUAUCGUUUCGUUGAGAAUAGCUAGAUGCAAAAUUUCGUGGUUUAAUCACUCAUGAAAAACACGUAUUGUGGUCAAUUAUCGAUAACAUCAGUACUUUUUAGCGUUUAAUUACCUGUUCAGUGAGAUGUUCAAGAGUGAGAAGACUCCAAACAAACACGCACUUACUCGAAUACGAUAAAAAGUAUAAAAAUAAACGUUAAACACCAUUGCUAAACAAUUGCUCCAUCCCUAUAUACGUCGAACAUUCCUUAUCCUGGAGCGAGUGAAGUCAAAAUUAUAAACCCCUCUGUAAGCGCUAGUACGCUUCCUUUUAACAUUAUUUAUGCCUAAAACUUUAUCUAGUUGUGGAAGAUCGUAACUACGAAAAUUUGGACGGUCGUGAUACAACGGCGCGAGUUCUCACUAUUUAAUCUAUUGAACGGCAGUAAAGCAUCUUCCAAUUGCUUCUAAAGUGUAAUAAAACCGUUAAUGUGUGGAGUGUAAUGAUGCAAUUUUAAAAUUAUAUAAGAUCCAAACCUCACACGCGACUAAUCUCGAUUCAAUUACAAAACGAACCAGACACAAACAACGAACGGCAGCGGGAUAAAUUGUCGUUAGUCGGAAUGCGUGAAGCGCUUAAUUACUGUAAGUCGAGAGUAAGUCGGGAAUGGCUGAGUGCGCGACCGGGAUAUGCCCGGUGUAUCGUUA